GACAAGAGUAACUUCCCCUAGUAUUUGGUUGUUCUUCCGUCUCUUGAGACCGUCUUCUAUGUGGCAUAUUUCACGAUGAUUCACAGCCUUUUCGUCAUUAAUAACAGCGGAGAUGUGUUCAUGGAAAAGCAUUGGAAAAGUGUGAUACACAAAUCAAUAUGUGACUACUUUUUUGAAGCCCAGAAUAAGGCCUCCUGCCCUGAGGAUGUGCCGCCAGUCAUCCCCACCCCCCACCACUACCUCAUCAACAUCUACAGGAACAACCUCUACUUCGUGGCUGUCACCACCACUGAGGUUCCCCCGCUGUUUGUGGUGGAGUUUCUACACCGGAUCUGUGACACAUUCGAGGACUACUUCAGUGAAUGCACCGAGUCCCAGCUCAAGGAACACUACGUUAUAGUCUAUGAGCUCCUGGACGAGAUGCUGGACAAUGGCUUCCCACUGGCCGUGGAGUCAAACGUGCUGAAGGAACUCAUCAAACCUCCCAACUUCCUCCGUACCAUAACGGACACAGUCACCGGCAAGUCCACCAGCGUGAGUGCCACUCUGCCCACUGGUCAGCUGUCCAACAUUCCCUGGCGCCGGACUGGGGUCAAGUACACGAACAACGAGGCCUACUUCGAUGUGAUCGAGGAAAUUGAUGCCAUCAUUGACAAGUCCGGCUCGACCGUCAUCGCGGAGAUACAGGGAUAUAUUGACUGUUUGAUCAAACUGAGUGGGAUGCCGGAUCUCACCUUGUCCUUCAUCAACCCUCGUCUCCUGGAUGAUGUCAGCUUCCAUCCAUGUGUCCGAUUCAAGAGAUGGGAGAGUGAGAGAAUCUUGUCAUUUGUGCCGCCUGAUGGCCACUUCCGGCUGAUGUCGUACCACAUAGGAACCCAGAAUAUUGUUGCCAUUCCAAUUUAUCUCCGACACAAUAUAUCGUUCCGAGACGGAAACUCAGGCAGGUUUGAUGUCACCAUUGGACCGAAACAGACCUUGGGAAAAACAAUAGAGAAUGUGACACUGGAGGUGCCAUUCCCAAAGUCCGUCCUGAACGUCACGCUCUCCACCAGUCAGGGGAAGUACACGUUUGACCCUGUCACCAAACUCAUGACGUGGGAUGUCGGCAAGAUCGAUGCAUCUAAAUUGCCAAAUAUCAAAGGCAAUAUUAGUCUACAAACGGGUGCUGCUAUCCCUGAGUCCAACCCUGUGUGUACGGUGACAUUUACAAUAAGUCAGCUGGCUGUGUCGGGAAUCAAAGUGAAUCGGCUGGACAUGUAUGGCGAGGGUGAUCAAAAAAAAUACAAACCUUUCAAGGGAGUGAAGUAUUUAACAAGGGCGGGAAAGUUCCAGAUUCGCACAUGAUCAACAAAGACUGUACUAUUUGUGUUUCUGAUUUCCAUGUAUGUAGGAGUAUGCACAUCAUCACUGGGACAUGAUCAACAAAGACUGUACUAUUUGUGUUUCUGGUUUCCAUGUAUGUAGGAGUAUGCACAUCAUCACUGGGAUGGCUGUACGGGACAGUCUGGUGCACAGAGACAUUCUGACGAUACGUCGGCAAUACCUCACGGAUUUGUAUAAACUACAUUCCUCCAUCAACCCUGAAUACAUACAGCCACUGCGGUGUAGUCGAUAUGUAACGAUUCAAGCGGUGGCCUGGCUACUGAUAGAUUGAAGCCAGCAAGUACUCAGACCAAUGAGUUAGUGAGUUAAAAUUUAAAGUCACAUCAGUAGUAUUUCAGCCAUAUCGGGACUAUUAGGGCUGGUUAUCGAUAUAGAUCAUUGAGAUCGAUAAUUGUUAACAAAAUAUCAAUCAAUUAUCGAUAAAUAUAGAUUAUAUUAAGCCAGCCCUAGUGACUAUAAAAUGUUAUACAUAGUAAAUACACUGAAAUCAGACCAAAGAAAGGCUUGCAUUAGGCAUCAGUCUUGCUUGACAACGGUAUAAGGAUCUAUACCGAAACGUCGCUUUUUUUUGCUUUUUUUUACAGUAUUAAAGAAGUUGUUAUCCAUAAAAUUGUGUCUAUCUUGCAUUAGGCCUGUCUGCUCUGAUUUCGGUUUAAGCAGAUUUGUUUAUGAACAAGUGAAAAGUCUGAUCAUGUGAUAUACAAAUUAGUCCGUGGCAGUGGUUUAAUGGUAAAUCAUCACUGCUCUGGAAUGUAAUCCAUGAGUUAUACACUUCCUCAUUUCCUUGGCUCAGUUAAAAUAGACGUUUGUCACCACAUACCGGGGGUAUCCUUGCCGAGCGAUAGACGAACACAGUAUAUAAAAACUGUGAUGUAUUGACGACAGACAGUCGUAACAAGCUCAUGGAUACUUUGGUACCAAUUGUGUGAAAGCGCCUCAUUAACACACCAGGGUGCCGUUGUUCAAAACGAUCUUAGCACUAAGAUGAUUGUAACACCCAUACCUUAACAUAGACUUACAACGGUAGUAGCUCUAAGGUGAUCGUAACUCCCAAUAUCUUAACAUUGACUCACGACAGUCGUAGCGCUAAGGUGAUCGUAACUCCCAUAUCUUAACAUUGACUCAUGACAGUCGUAGUGCAAAGGUGAUUGUACCUCCCAUAUCUUAACAUUGACUCACGACAGUCGUAGUGCAAAGGUGAUUGUAACU